GGCACAAAUCUUAAUGUUCAAGACAUAGAUGCAUAUUGGCUCCAGAGAAAGAUAUCUCAAGCAUAUGAACAGCAGAUUGAUCCACAGCAAUGCCAAGUACUCGCUGAAGAGCUUCUUAAGAUACUCGCUGAAGGAGAUGAUAGGGAUGUUGAGAACAAGCUGCUUGUGCACCUUCAGUUUGACAAGUUUAGCCUUGUUAAAUUUCUGCUGCGGAACCGUCUUAAAGUUGUGUGGUGCACUCGGUUGGCUAGGGCAGAAGACCAGGAAGAGAGGAAUCGAAUUGAGGAGGAGAUGAGGGGGUUGGGCCCAGAGUUGACAGCAAUUGUGGAGCAGCUGCAUGCAACAAGAGCAACAGCGAAAGAGAGGGAGGAGAAUCUGCAAAAAAGUAUUAACGAAGAAGCUCGACGUUUGAGGGAUGAAACUGGUGGAGAUGGAGGCAGAGGCAGGAGAGAUGUUGCUGAUAGAGAUUUAGAGAGUGGUUGGGUGAAGGGUCAGCGUCAGAUGCUGGACUUGGAGAGUUUGGCUUUUGACCAAGGUGGUCUCCUGAUGGCGAAUAAGAAGUGUGACCUCCCUCCUGGCUCUUACAGAAGUCAUGGCAAAGGAUAUGAUGAAGUCCAUGUGCCAUGGGUUUCUAAAAAGGUGGAUAUCAAUGAGAAGCUUGUGAAGAUUACCGAAAUGCCUGGCUGGGCCCAACCU